AUGACCACGGCGGCUCUACAAGCUUCGACGGCACCCAUCAGCUUGCCUCCGAUCAGCAGCAUCGAUUUCCACACCCAGGUCGCACAUAGGCCGGAACCAGAAGUUGUGCAACCUCUACCACCCCCACCGCCAGCACAGCAGCGUGUGCUGCCACCGCUGCCGUAUCCUUACGCUGUUCGACCAGCCCCGGCACCUGGCCCGCCGCCGCCAGGACCUCCCGAGUAUGUACAGUCACGACCAAUCUAUCCGGGGAUUCCAUCGCCGUACCAGCAGAUGCCAGGACGGAUGCCUCUGCCCUCGACCACGGACCCGAAUUUGAUCGUUGCACCUCCACGACACAAAGCCAAGGAGGUGAAGAGACGGACCAAGACAGGAUGUCUAACAUGCCGAAAGAGGCGCAUCAAGGUGAGU